AUCAGAACAAAAACUUUCCUUUGCUAACCCAUGAACUGGGAAAACAUGGCGUUACGGGAGCUAUCGUCGCUAGAGAAAUAUUUGGGCCUGAAAAAGCCUAAUAAAUACAGUACGCAGGGAGAUAAAAAGGUACCAGUGCUGCAGAAUAACCAGGGACCUCCUCUGGUGGGGUUGAUAACCAUCGCCUGUCACCUGGUGAAAGAGGCCAAACGCUCAAAUCUACUGGGUGAAUCUGCUGAAGGCAGAGCAGUGGUGCAACAGUGGCUGGAGUACAGGGUCACCAGACUUGAUGGCUGCACUAAGGAAGACAGCAAGACCAUCCUUAAGGAACUUAACAUUCACCUGCAGGACAAUGUCUACUUGGCAGGGAACCACUUCACCUUAGCUGAUACUCUUAUGUACUAUGGUAUACAUCCACUCAUAGUGGACUUGACCGUCCAGGAGAAGGAGCAGUAUCUGAACGUGGCCCGCUGGUUCGACCACAUUCAGCAUAUCCCCAGCCUGCGACACCACCUCCCUCCAGUAGUCGUACUCAGGAACAGAAUCUACACCAGCAGACACCAUUGAGACUCAACCUGAGCCACUUUCCUCCAAUCCUCCCCAGACCGACUUGUUUCAAGCUUUCUGUCUUUGGGCCCGGGCCGCCAGUCCACUUACUUCCAAGAGCACAUUGGUUAUGUUGUGUCCAUCCUCUGUAAUUCUGUAAUUAGCUUCUGUUGCUGCUUUGUGGUUGAUUCCAACAAAUGAUUGUUAGUUUAUCCUCCUAAAAGGAUGUCAGUGACUUUGAACCUUUAUUUUCAUGUAGGUAAAAAAAAAUUCGACAUCGGUGUUGAACAUUGGAUUCUUCCUGUGGUCUGGGAGUGAUGACAUGGAAAGUCCCAUAGUUUAUUGGUAUUUGAGGGUAAAUUGUGUUGGGUCUUUUCAAAGGGAAAGCUGUUUACGCUGUGGUGUAGCGCUGCUAACUUGGUUAAAAGGUGUUCUUAUUUAUGAAUAGAAUGUUCUGUUUAAUCUGAGCCUUGAAUUUUUUUUAUCAUGGCUAUUACAAGUUGAUAAAAUUAGACAGACUAGUACCUAGCCCAUUAUUCAGUGUGAGUCUGUACCAUUUUAACCCAUUAGGUAUUUUUAUAAGUUUGAAUUUGCAUCUCAGCCUUUUUGACUGGACAGUGUAGUCUGUCUGCGCCUGUAUUUCUGUUAAUUCGCAAUUACAUCCCCACUCUCCGUUCCACUUCCUCGCCACCAGUUGUGUGGGCAGCAUUGAGCAGUUGAACGUCAGCCCCAGAGUCGGAGAUCAGAGUGAGCCUCCAAUCAGUCCCAGUACCACCACUGUUGAUGCUGCAGGCCAGAAAGAGGGCAGUGGGCUCACCAGCUGCCACACAGAUCCAGCCAGCCAAGGCCAGAACUCAGGCCCCUGGGCGACAGUCAGCCACUGUGUGUCAUUUCAACCCUCAUGCUCCCACAGGGCUGCGGCGGAGAGAAGGACGAGGAGAGGCAGCGAGUGAACGAGCAAGGGAGGAAUGAAGGGAUGGAGGCCACAAAGCAAAACAGCACCCAGAGGCCGAGAGAUCUUUUAGUGACACGAACAAUCAUCCGGGUCUCUGCAGGCUGGCUGGAUGCUUUCCAUUAGCAUAAUUAACAGGUCAAAUCAUGGCAGCAGAAGCAGAACCUCUGUUCAUGAAGGUAAUAGGUAUCCAGACAACACUAUGUACAGUUAAAGGAUUACAGUAAAGCAUUUGUCUUCACUCUUUCUGUACACUGAAUCUCUGCUCCCAUGCCUCAAUAUUUCAGUUUAAAUACCUGCAUUUCUGUUGUUUUUCUCUGCUACAUUACAAGUCUUAUCUCCUCAUUGUCUUCAGGAUAGAAACAUGAUGUUCAUCCUUUGCCAAUAAAUCAAAAAGAUGCAAAGCUUAUGA